AUGGACGCUCAAGAAUUACUUCGCAGAAGAGAAGAGAAAAUCGUAGGAUUAAAGACGCGCCGCGUUGAGGUGGUCAACACCAAACUACUAAAAUACAUGCGAGUUGACAGACUACUUGCCUCUGAAGCUAGUAAGCUCAUUAUCGAAAGAGCCAGCACUAUAAGAGACCCCUUGAUUCCAGCACUCGGCGGGAUCCGCCGCGAAGAAAACAAGUUCCAUGUGUAUCGUGAGAUGCAGAGCAGACGUCCACAAAGCGUCUCGUGUUGUACCAUCAUGUGA